AUGAAUUCAAAAGCUUGUCCAUUUUUGAACAAGUUCUCGAUGUCCAGCAUCAGGCAGUAUGCUCCACUGUUUUUGAGUUACGUUGAGAGAUGUCCUGUCAUGAUGCAAAGUUUCAGCCGGCAGAGCACAGUCAGUGGUGACAAUGCUGCACCAAACCUGGCCACGGAAGCUGAAGUGCAAAAGUGUCCAUUUUUGACCCAGGUCAAUGUGACAGUCACCGAGGCCAGCCAAGCAGUUCAGGAGGACACCAUUGGCCAGCAGUUGCUGCAGCUGCAGCCGCAGGAAGAGAAGCAGCCAGAGAAAGAGAACCCCAGCCCUAAGUUCUUCAACUAUGAGGCAUUCUUUGCCAAGCAGCUCCAGAAGAAAAAGGAGGAGCACACCUACCGGGUGUUCAAGAAAGUGCUUCGCGACGCUUCCUCAUUCCCCCAUGCUUUUGAGCACAGCACUGGCAAGGAGAAAGACAUCACUGUAUGGUGUAGCAAUGAUUACCUUGGCAUGAGCUGGCACCCUAAGGUCAAAGAGGCUGUGAGUGAGGCACUGUGGAAACAUGGUGCAGGUUCUGGUGGCACCCGUAACAUCUCUGGAAACUCUCCAUUGCACGAGCAGUUAGAGAGGGAAUUGGCUAAACUGCAUCAUAAAGAGGCUGGCUUGGUCUUCACCUCGUGCUAUGUGGCAAAUGACACCACCUUAUUCACUCUUGGAAAACAUUUACCUGGAAUGCAUUUCUUCUCUGAUGCUGGCAACCAUGCCUCCAUGAUACAAGGGAUACGAACCAGCAUGGCCCAGAAACAUGUUUUCCGCCAUAAUGAUCCAGACCACCUAGAGGAGAUGCUCAAGAAAGUGGAUCCAAAUGUACCAAAGGUCGUGGCCUUUGAAACAGUUCAUUCAAUGGAUGGCACAAUCUGCCCCACUGUAGAGAUGUGUGAUGUUGCCCAUAAGUAUGGGGCACUAACCUUUGUGGAUGAAGUCCAUGCAGUGGGGCUGUAUGGGGACCAUGGAGCUGGUGUCGGAGAGCAGGACGACUGUCUGGAUAAGAUGGAUAUAAUAUCUGGAACUCUAGGUAAAGCAUUUGGUAACAUGGGAGGUUACAUUGUUGGAUCAGCUAAGCUGGUGGACAUGAUACGAAGUUACGGGUCUGGUUUCAUUUUCACAACAUCAUUGCCUCCAACCGUCCUGAACGGAUGUCUAGCCUCCAUUAAGGUUUUAGCAAGUGAUGAAGGAAGAGAGCUGAGGGCUCGGCAAAAGCGUAAUGUCAAGUAUCUCCGGGAGAAAUUGGUUUCAGCUGGUUUGCCUGCAUCGCACAGCCCAAGCCACAUUAUACCCAUUAUGGUAGGAGAUGCUGAAGCCUGCACAAAACUGUCCAAUGAUCUCAUCCUGAAAUAUGGCAUUUAUGUCCAGUCCAUUAAUUACCCGACUGUUGCUAAGGGAACCGAGCGUCUCCGGGUGGCUCCCACGCCUCAUCACACCAAGGAGAUGAUGGACACCUUUGUUGACUGUCUUGCUGAAUUGUGGAAGGACUCUGGCCUGACAUUGUAUGGCCAGGUGUGCCCAGACUCCUGCGAGUGCUGCAACAGGGAGCUCAACAUCCAGGAUAUGUUCAAGAGGGAGCCAGUGUGCCUUCGCACCAACUGCACUUACGCAUCCCUUCAGGCUGCCCUCGCCUGA